CACCUUGACCGAGCAACUUUCUACGUAGCGCCAGUCAAUUAAACCGCUUGACCUGUAAGCAGCAAGGGACAUCUUCAGAAUAAGAUCUUGUUUUUGUUCUUGUCGCGGUCUCGUCCAUCGCGGCGGCCCAAUCGGAUCCGAGGAGCAUCCUAUCUUAGAUUCCGUUCUCCGACAUUCCAUCCAAUUCGGGCGGACUUCCCACUGUACGUGUACAGACACCAAGCGAAGCGUCACUUGCAGUUUGCUGGGCGAUCAGUAACUCGUUCGCCCCGCCAUAUCCGAUCCUGCAAACCCCAUCGACAAGCUUAUCGACGCGAUAAGCAGGUACAAUGUCGACGACAGCACCAGCACCAACUUCCGUUCCAUCGGGACCUCCACCCACCGCCCAACGUGGCCCUCCAGACCCAGCAGCCAUGAAAGCGAGGGUGAUACAGCAUAUGAACGCCGACCACGCACUCUCCUUACGUCUCUAUCUGGCGCACUACGCACACGUCCCGCUACCGGGCACCACGACCGCGGCAAUGCAGGAUAUCACUAACGAGCAUAUGAUCAUCACAUCGAGCUACGGCAGGCAUGUGGUAUCGCUCGAUCCACCAAUGAAAUCGCUCAUCGAGGCAAGGGAACGACUGGUCGCAUUGCACAAUGAGUGUCUCGCCGCGUUGGGGCUAAGUGAUGUCGUGCUCAAAAGCUACACGCCUCCGGAUCGUGCGUGGCAAUGCGCCCUGAGCGCUUUGUGUCUCUUGAUCUUCGCGACGUUUCCGUUUCGAGAACAGCUACGGCCGGAGUCGGGGAGUGUGAUUGCGAGUAUUUGGAGUCUCGGUGGACUUGUGCCCGGGUUGGCGAGACUAAGUUAUACUUUGCAGCCGUAUGUGUUGGGGAUCAUGGUUGUUUUGCAUGGUGCGGAGGCUGUGUGGUUUACGAAUAGAUUGAAGAGGUAUUGGGUCGAGGUCGGGACGUGGGUUUGGUGGUGUUGGGUCGGGGAUUGUUUGUUGGAGGGAGUUGGGUGCUUGACGAGGUUUGAACGGGUCGUUGGGCGAUUGGAGGCGGAGAAGAAGCACUAAGCGUAAAUGGUCAAGACGUCUGGACCAUGGGCUGACGUGGAGAGGAGUGGCAUGAAAUAUCGAGUGGUAAAGAGUGUUUGAGCUGGAGUGCUUGUGGAUGGGCGAGGCAGAGCAUCGUGCACGGUGUCUGUUCAAGUGUGAGGUAGCUGGGACAGCAUUCGACCCAGACUACCGUGAGGGACAGAAAACAGAAUCUUCGAGGGACAGAAUUCAAUCCAGACUGCCAGUCGAAAGACAGAACCAGA